UACUGAUAACUUUUUGGGGAGAAACAUGAUUCCUACUUCUGGAUGAUGAUCUCAUUCUCAUUAUAUUAAUAAAUACAUUGGUGAUUAAAAUAUAACUUGCAAAAUGAUUGGUAGAAGAUGUAAAUAUUUCAUAUUUUUUGGAUUAUUGCUCAUCAGUUUUAAAAUGAUUAUUUCUGCUAACACAGGUUUCACUGUAUCUGUGUAUGAUGUGACAUCAAGAAGUCUUUCUAUCCGAUGGUCUAAAUUUCCUGGAGCUUUCUCUUAUAGAGUAAUGGCAACGCCUAUGAACACAGUGGGCCAUUCUUUCUUGGCCUAUUUCACUGAUAUUACGCUUGUCGGCACUCUAACACCACUGCCUCCUGACACAGUCCAUACUGUAAAGGUGGAAGCCAUUGAUAAGAAUGGAGUUAUACUGGCUGAAGCACAGACUAUGCAGUUAACAGCUCCUGAGAUUCCUACUAUUGAACAAGCUUAUUCAAAACUGAGUAACAGUAUCACAGUGGAAUGGGCCACUGUCCCAGGAGCAUCCAGUUACCUGCUGACAGCACAGGAUGGAGAGUCAUUCAUUGAAACAAUAGUCACAAAUUCACCAGGCACUGUGACAGGGUUGAAGGCUGCAACGCUGUACAAAAUCACCAUCCGAUCAAUAAAUGCUGGAGGAAGAAGUCAGCCUUCACUUUCUAAGAAGGCAAAGACAGUACUUGCAGCACCAAUCCUGACAGCAAAUUCCCCAAGUCAGGACAAUAUUGUGGUGAGCUGGAGACCUGUACAUAUGGCUGUUGGAUUCUUCAUCUCCAUCAUGAGAGCAGAUGGCUUGGGAGGCAUGCUGAAAGAAAACACCACCACCGACUCCCUGAUAUUUUCAAGCCUAGACCCAGGAACUCUCUAUACUAUCAAGGCACAUGCUUGGGACGCUAAUGGAAUACCUGGGGAUGACUCCACCUACAACCAAAGAACAAGGCCUCGUGCACCAGGAGAUGUCCAGGUGGUUUUUGACAGUGGAGCUUUGAGAGCAACUAUUUCUUGCAUGCCAUCAGAAGGUGCCUCCCAAUACACCAUUGCAGCCUACAGCAGCCUCUCCAAACGCAACUGCAGUUCAACAUCCACCUCUUGCACUAUCUUUUCACUUGAAUGUGGGACGGAGUAUUCCCUGUCCAUUGUAGCAAGUAAUGAAGCUGGUUCCAGCAUGCCCACAGAGGCACUGGCUUUCAAAACAGUACCUUGUGCUCCAGAAAGUAUAACAAUUGAAGAAGAUGAGCCAGGAAAUUUGGAAGUCUCCUGGUCAGAUGUUGACCUCAGUGAUUAUUAUGUGGUCUUUGUGAAAAGUGACGAUGGCUUGGAAGUGCACUGCAACACAUCACAUACUCAAUGUCACUUCCAAUCUGACUGCGGUUUCACCUAUUUCAUUAGUGUCUUUGCUUAUAACAAGGCAGGGCAGAGCCCCUUAGGAGACAUAUUCAACUAUACCACAGCCCCUUGCUGCCCCAGCGAUUUUAACCCAGUGUUUGUGUCAAGUGACACAGUUCAGAUUGUCUGGUCUCCUGUCCGUGGUGCUGAAAUGUAUGAAACCAAAGCUGUUGACUGGGCAAAUGAGCUCUUAUGCAAUGACACUGCCACAGUCUGUACCUUGUCUGCCCUGCAGUGCAACACUCAAUACAAUAUCACUGUCUACUCUUUCAGUGAAAUUAGAGGCAGCAACACAUCUUGUGCAUCUAAACAUGUGGCAACAGCUCCAUGUAGUCCAGAAAUAAUAAGCGUCUCAAAGGAUACUCUUUCUGUAAUUAAUGUGCACUGGCAUGCCAACAAUGAUGAAGCGACAUAUACAGUCACUGCCAAAGGAGCAGCAGGAAAAUGGCAUUGCACAAGCUCUGGAAGUUCAUGCACUAUCCACAAUCUCCCCUGUGGGUCCUUGUUCUCUGUCAGUGCUGUAGCAAGUACAGAAGCAGGACAGAGUUUGCCUAGUUACAGUGUCCCUUUAGAAACGGCUCCUUGCUGCCCGCUUGAUAUUGCAGUAACGCAAGUGACACAGUCUGUAACAAACAUCAGCUGGUCUACUGGGACUGGUGCGAAGACAUACGUAACUAUUUUGGAAUCACACACAGGAUACGCCAGGUGUCACACACUCCAGAAUUACUGCCUCCUGGGAUGCAUUACGUGUGGAACCAACUACACUGUGUCCAUCCAAGCAAUUAGUGAAACAGGUUUAAUAUCAAACUGUACAUAUAGUGGAUUCUCCUCUAGUGCCUGUUGCCCUUCUGGGGUUCAACUAUACAGGCUGGGCAACAACGGCAUACGAAUAUACUGGCGUACUUCUGAAGGAUCAAUAAACUACAGCACUGAUCUGUAUGGCUCAAAAGGAAAUUUCACCUGUACACCCAACACAGACCUGACCUACUGUGAUAUCAGCGAGAUACCCUGUGGGGAUGUCUAUACAGUUGUGGUGUCACCUGUAACUGAUGAAGGAUCAAAACUUGCAUUUUGCCCUAAAAAGAUAUAUUCAGUGACAUGUUCUGGAAGUUCAGUAGGAAUGGUGAUUUACAGAGGAAGGAGAAGUGCAGAUCACCACCAGGGACUACAGGAAAGAGCCGACUAAAGUAAGCUGGUAAGAAUAUCUUAGUAUUUCAGUCAGUUUUGGUGGGACAUUUAAUGAUCCUUCUAAUUCCACUAGCCACUAUCACUUUGCUCCCUCAGGCUAUCCAGUCUCUCUAUGUAACUGCUACAGCCUUGUCAUCAGUGACCUAUAUUGUACAGGUUAAACA